GCGCGCCACAAAACCGAAGCAUUGAGUGGUGAAGCGAGGACAGAAAAGGACACGCGGCUCAGCAGCGUCAAUGGGCACGAGCGCGUGCUACCAUGCGCCGUGGCGGGAAGCUAGAGUGCGCGGCUCCAGUAUAAAUUCUGCCGGGAAGACGGUGCCGCACACUCACCUCAGCCUCACCUGCCUUCCCAAUCAAUCGCAUUCUCCGUCCGCGACCCAAUCCAGGUGCCGACAGACCAGAUACCAGAGCAAACAAGAAGCCGUCUCACUCCACGUCGCAAGGGAAAUGGCCACCGCCUCGCUCGCACUGCUCGAUCAGACGCUGCUGCCGUCCCCUCUGGCGUACAACGGCGGCUCCGACCGCCUCAGCCAGGAGAUCUUCUCCAUCCUCGAGUCCAACUUCCUAUUCGGCGCGUCGCCGCUGGAGGGCGGCGCGUGCUCCGCGGGCCGCGUCCGCGUGCUGUCCAUCGACGGGGGUGCCGACGGCGGCGCGCUGGCCGCCGCAGCGCUGGUACGGCUCGAGCGCCGCCUGCAGGAGCUCUCCGGCAACCCCGCCGCGCGCGUCGCGGACUUCUUCGACCUGGCGGCCGGCUCCGGCGCGGGCGGGUUCCUCGCGGCGGCGUUGUUCGCGUGCCGGAUGCCCGCCGAGGCGGCGCGCGACGUCGUGGCCAAGAACCGGAAGGUCCUGUCCGGGCGUGGCGGGGGCCUGAUGUCGUUCCGGCGCCCCGAGGCCGCGUUCCGGAAGGUGUUCGGUGACCUGACGGUGCGCGACGCCGCCAAGCCGCUGCUGAUCCCGUGCUACGACAUGGCCACCGCGGCGCCGUUCGUGUUCUCCCGCGCCGAUGCCGUGGAGGCCGACGCGUUCGACUUCCCGCUGUGGCAGGUGUGCGCGGCGGCUUGCGGCGUGGGCCCCGCGGAGGUGGCGUCCCUGGACGGGCGCACCAGGCUGCGCGCCGCGUCGGGGGCGGGGGCAGGCGGGGGCGGCGCGUCGGCCGCCGUGGCCAACCCGACCGCCGUGGCGCUGACGCACGUGCUGCACAACAAGCGCGAGUUCCCCUUCGCCGCCGGCGCGGGAGAUCUCGUGGUGCUGUCCCUCGGCGGGCGCGCCGCAGCCUCGCUGGGCCGGCUCUCGUCCUCCAGCCUCCUGCGCAUCGCCGGAGCCUGCCAGGCCGACAUGUGCGCGCGGAUUGUUUUGUUUUGCAGGUUGACCAGGCCGUGUCGAUGGUGUUCGGGGAGAGCAGAGCGACCAACUACGUCCGCAUCCAGGGCAACGGCAUUGCGCCCGGCGAGACGGCGGAGGCGGCGCUGGCGGAGCGGGGCGUGGAGUCGGUGCUGUUCAGGGGAAAGAAGCUGAUGGCGCAGACCAACGGCGAGCGGCUGGACGGCGUGGCGGAGCAGCUGGUCCGGGAGCACCACCGCCGACUGGAGAGCAAGACCCCCGUGGUGCUGGUGAAGCCCUCCGCCACGCCGCGGACGUCUUCGUCGUCGGCGUCCACGCUCAUCACCGUGUCCACCAACUCGUCGUCGGAGUCGCCCUGAGACCGAGACGACGAGCGACCGACCGAGCGAGCCGUCAACAGACAGACAGAAGCAGCUCGGCUUUAACUAGCGUGGCCUUGCUUUGUUUUCAGCUUUUUUAUUUAUUGGUUCGUUUGGGUUUCUAGUUUAGCGCGGCGCCGGCGCCGGUGCUCGGGGUUUUGACUUUUGAUUGCCUGCCGGCGCCGCCUGCGCGCUCGCUCCCGGUCCCGGCCGCCUGGCGCGGCCGGGAAGAAAGAUCGAGGAGGGCUGUCGAGCGGCGAAGGCGCCAGAGAUUUGUGUACGUAGCUAGAGGAAGGAGAUGUGCCUGUAUGUGUGCGUGUGCUGCAAACGCAGUGUAUGUACGUGCGUACGUAGUAGAGUGCCCGGAGCUUGGAUGAUAUUGCAAUGCGAUGUGACGAUGCUACUGUCGGUGUGGCGUUUACUGAUCACAGCUCAGCCCUUCUUCC